UAUUUGAUAAUUUCUUAUAAUACAGCAGUGAGGAUCUGUGUGAGCAGUCAUGGACGGGGGUCUGUUUGUGCUGCUUCUGCUGUCAGGACUCUUCUGGAGCAGUUCUGCUCUUUCUCGUCCGUACUUCUAUAUAAAUACAGCAAUGUCGUGGCCAGAUGCUCAGAGUUACUGCAGAGAGAGAUUCACUGAUCUGGCUACUGUAGACAACAUGGAUGACGUGAACAGGCUGGUGAAUAUAACAGAUGCUGGAUACAGCGGAUCAGUGUGGAUUGGACUGAUGAAGGGGACACAGAAACAGUGGAGUUGGUCUAAUGGAGAAAACACAACUUCUCAGUACUAUAACUGGGCUUCAGGACAGCCAGAUGCAGAUGGAGAUUGUGUUAUUAUUAAUUCUGGAUUUUGGCAUGAUAUGUCAUGUAGUAAUAACCGAUAUUUUGUGUGCUAUAGAAGUAAUGGAUACGUCUUUGUACAAAGUGCUAAAAACUGGACAGAUGCUCGGAGCCACUGCAGACAGUAUUAUACCGAUCUGGCCACCAUCCACAGCUCUGUGGAGAAUAAGCAGAUAACUACGCAAGUUUUAACCGGAUUGUCCUUCUGGCUUGGUCUGUUUCUGGACUCUUGGGGAUGGUCUGAUCAGUGGGAUCUGAGUUUCAGACACUGGGCAGCAGGUCAACCUUCCCAGGCUUCAGGAUCUAACUGUGUUGGCAUGACAAGAACCGAGUCUGGCAGAUGGUCUCAGUACAGCUGUGAUGUACAGCAGCCAUUUAUCUGCUAUGGAGAUGACUCGAAAAAACAAAUUGUGAGAUUGAAAGUCACCUGUAAUGGAAAUUGUGCAUUGAAUGAUCCUUCAGUACAGACAGCUAUCCUGAAUGAGAUAAGUGAAAAGCUGAAGAACAUGAUGUUGGAGAGUGAAAGCAAAAUAAGAUGGAGAAAGGGGAGCAAUGGAGAGGUGUUUCAUCAGGAGAACAACCAUAUGGUGAAUUUAGAUAAUAAAUGUAUUAGGAACGUGUAAUGUAUUUUUAAAAAAAAUGAAAACACUGCUUUAAAAGUUAACGUUACUAUGUUGUUUUGAAAAGCUGGAAAAUAGUAGUAGUAGUGCAAUACAAUAUUAACAAAAUUGAUGAAUGUAGUCUAAUAAUAGUUAUAAAUAUUUGCAUUAUUACAAGAUUACUUUUGUUUCAACACAUUCAAUUUUAUUAAUUUCCUACGAACGCAAUCGACGUGGUUUCGAAUCUGCUUUCUGACAGCAUUUUUUUCUCCCUUUUGAAAUUUUAAAUCUCAUCAUAAAAGCAUUUAUUGUCAAUAAUAGUCAAGGAAAUAAUCAAAAAGUUCAAAAUAAAGUGUUGGGUGUUGGCAUCUGUUUAAUAAGUAUCAGUUAGGGUUUGGGUUAUCAUCACUUCUGUAAUUUUCUCAGCAUCUAUUGCACGGAUUUGUGCAAGCUUGAAUAAGGUGGCCUGUUUCACCUAAAUACUUGCAGUAAAAAUGUAUAGAAUUAAACUUACGGUGAAUGUUUAAAGACAGAUCUUUACGCUCAUGGCUCCAACCAGUUCCAAGAAUUCCAGUCAGUUCCGUCCGGAACACCGUCUUACUGCUUAUUAGUUUUUUUGUGAUUUAUCCCUUGUCGCCUUGGACGCCUUGUUUGCACACUGUGUGUGUGUGUGUGUGUGUUUAAUUUUUGUCUUUCUCUUUUUUUCCUUUUGAGGAUCAAAUCUUUGUUAAUUUUGCGGUCACUGGGUGCAAGACAUCUACCUGGUUUCUGCUGUACAGUUAGGAAAUCGGGAAUCGUCUGUUUG